AUGCCCAUCUCUCAAUCACCAAUGCCACGCUUCGCGGCGUGCUUCUUCGCAACACUCUUCGUCGGUUUCGGUGUCAACGCCAUGGUCAAUCCAGAAGCCGCUCUGUCGUUCUUCGAACUCAAAUACCCACUGCUACAAGACCAGAAGAAUAUUGUCGAUGUAUUAUCGAUGGUGUAUGGAGUCCGAGAUAUCUUCAUGGGAGUUGCCAUCUUCGCCACGGCCUAUUUCGGGACAACACCUGCACUAGGUUGGAUCUUGGUCGCCGCAGGAGCGUGUGCUGGCGUGGAUGGUUGGGCUUGUAAGACAAUCGUCGGACAGGCAGAGAUGAACCAUUGGGGCUAUGCACCUGUGGUAGGAGUGCUUGGGCUUGUGUUGGCGGCCGGACUUUGA